GGUCUUCGGACACCGGAGCGCCAAUUCCCCACGCUUUCCAUCCAUCAAAAUCCCAGACCACCCCUUUCCUUUUCCCUUCCUUCUAUUUUCGGUCGCGGCAACGCCUUAUUUUCUUCCUACCCUCACCAAACUCUCCCGGCGAAUUUCAGCCGGAAGAUUUCAUUUCCGGCGAUCGAUCCGACAUGGUUUCCCCAGAAAACCCUAAUUGGCUCUAUGAUUACGGCUUGAUGGACGAUAUUUCUGUUCCAGGCGGGGAUUUUACGGCGUCGACGGCUGGUUUUCACUGGAAUUCGCAGCCUCUGAAUGGUUCAACUAGCGUUAGUUUGGAAGCUGAUGGUUCCUUUGGGAAUUCAGAUGGCCUCAAGGAAAUGGGCUCCAAGAAGCGGGUAAGGACUGCAUCAUGCAGUGCAGUUGGCUCUAAAGCAUGUAGGGAGAAAAUGCGGAGGGACAGGUUGAAUGACAAGUUCGUGGAAUUGGGUUCCAUCCUGGAUCCUGGAAGGCCACCCAAAAUGGACAAGGCUGCCAUAUUGAGUGAUGCUGUUCGCAUGGUCACUCAGUUACGAAGUGAAGCCCAGAAGCUGAAGGAGUCAAAUGAGAGCCUACAGGAGAAGAUCAAAGAGUUGAAGGCUGAGAAGAAUGAACUUCGGGAUGAGAAACAAAGGUUAAAAGUAGAGAAGGAGAAGCUAGAACAGCAGAUCAAAACUUUGAGCGCACAGCCAACAAGCUUCCUUCCUCACCCUUCUACCAUCCCAGCUGCAUUCCCUGCUCAAGGCCAAGCUGCUGGCAACAAGCUGAUGCCAUUCAUUGGGUACCCUGGAGUUGCCAUGUGGCAAUUCAUGCCACCUGCUGCAGUUGAUACCUCACAAGAUCAUGUUCUCCGGCCCCCUGUUGCUUAAGCUGGAAGAUCUUGGUGACAGAUCAUCCUUAUGUGUCCUGAAGAAAUGUUAAGUUUUUUUUGUUGUUUUUUUUUUUUGAAAUUUUCUUUGUUGACUUAGUUUUAGUUGGAAAUCAGAAAUAACCAGAUUAGAUGGGUUUAAAACGUUGGGAAUUUUGUUAACUUGUUAUUGUUGCUCAUUUGUAAAUGUCAAUAAUCGGAUCUAGUAAUUUAUUUUGGAUUCUUGUCUGUGCUUUUGGUA